AUGGAGAGCGAAAAUUGUUGGGACUGUAAUUCCGAUCUAGUUCCGGAGAGAUUCAAGUUUUCUGGUAGAAAUACAGAGGCGAAGUACAGAGCUGAGAAAUUCUUCAAUUUCGAGCUCAAUUUCAAGCAGCCAUGGCAGACAACGAAGUCAGCUCAUCAUUCGCUAUUUUUGCAAGCCUCAGACACUCCAAGACUAGUCUUAAUUUCGCUCAAGCUCACAGGCCCAGAAAAUUACGCCCUGUGGAGCAGGGUGAUGAAAUUGGCACUCCGGGGAAAGAGCAAGCUUGGAUUUGUGGAUGGAUCUUGUGUAAAGGGUAUGUAUAAAGGUGAAUUAGCAGAGCAAUGGGAGAAAUGUAAUGCAAUUGUUCUAUCAUGGAUUGGUAGUACUGUUUCGAAUGAAUUAAUGCCUAGCAUCGUAUAUGCAUCGAAUGCAAAAAAGAUAUGGGCUGAUUUUCAGGAGAGAUUUGAUAGGUCAAAUCCAACAAGGAUUUAUCAUCUUUGGACUGCUAUUGCGACUUUGAGACAAGGAACAGACUUGGUCACUAGCUAUUAUUCGAAAAUGAAGGAUCUAUUGGAUGAACUAGAUGCCAUAGCACCUAUGGCUUCGUCACGAGUCAAGAGGCCAGGAUUAAUAUGUGAUUAUUGUGGUUACAAAGGACACCUAAAGGAAAUUUGUUACAAGAUAGUGGGGUAUCCAUCAGAUUUCAAAAGCAAGAAGAAAGGGCAAAACUCAGGAAGCAGGACCUAUGUGAACAAUGCAACAAGUGAAGAGAAACAGGUGCCUAUGCUGCCAACACAAGGAAAUUUCUUCACUGAGGAUCAAUACAAACAAUUGGUGAAUUUGUUGCAGAAGACUACCAUAAAUGAAUGUUCCACUAAUACUACAGGUAGCAUUACUUUAAUGACAAAUGCAGCUGCUAAUGAUCAUAUUUGGAUAGUGGAUUCAGGCAGUAGAGCAGAAAUCACACAUACAGGAGAUGCAGUAGUUUUAGGGGAUAAAACUAUUGAAGGAGGGCUCUACAAUGUCAAGGUGAUAGGGAUUGGUAGAGAAAAUAAUGGAUUAUAUGUGAUAAAAGAAAAUUUACCAACAGCAACAAUUAGUUUCUUGAAGGAACACGGAGAAAUAACAUUGUGGCAUUUGAGGCUAGGUCAUGCAUCAACAAAAUCUAUGCAGCAUAUUUCAGAACUAAAGAAUAAGAUACGAGCUGGAGAGCAGGACAACUGUGAAGUAGUUGUCGACUACAGUUUCCACUUAGUAGCACCAGAUCAAUUUGAAGCUACUGUGAAGAUUGCUAGAUCAGAUAAUGGUGCCGAGUUCUUCAACUCUCAAUGCAAUGCUUUAUUUGCUUCUCUAGGAAUCAUACACCAAAGUAGUUACCCAUACACCCCACAACAAAAUGAGGUAGUUGGAAAACAUGGGCAUAUACUGGAGGUUGCAAGAGCCUUGAAAUUUCAAAGCUCGAUUCCUAGGAGAUUCUGGAGUGAUUGUGUAAGAACUGCAGUAUACUUGAUAAACAAACUGCCCACUAGUAUUUUGAAAGGAAAAUCCCCUUAUGAGUUAUUGUAUGGAAAGCCAGCCAAAUUAGAUCACUUAAGGGUGUUUGGUUGCUUAUGUUAUGCAAGUAACAUGCCUAAAGGUGAUACGUUCACGGUUAUAGCAAAAAGGGUUGUCCUUAUUGGAUACUCAGAAACACAAAAGGGUUAUAGGAUGUAUGAUCUGGAGAAUAGAAGUGCAUUUGUUAGCAGAGAUGUGGUAAUAAAGAGCAGGUCUUUCCUUUUGCGAGAACUACUGAUUCAGACUGUACAGAGGAUCUAUUCACUUCUCAACCUUCAGCCGUAG